AUGGGUUCAUCGGACGACUUCAACCUCGGAAAAUCCCUGGGCUAUGAACUAGUUACAAUCAUUGUGGGAAAAGAGAAGCGCAAGUUCGCUGUGCACAAGCAGCUUAUAUGCGAGUCGGUGGCGUAUUUUCGCGGUGCAUUUUCGGUAGGAGGAUUCAAAGAAAGUCAGGACUGCAGUAUGGAUAUUCCAGAGGAUGAGCCUGGAGUUUUCGAGUACUUCAUGCAUUGGUUAUACAGAGGAACAUUACUCGGUGUCUAUAUAUUUGCGGAGAAGCUAUGCGUCAAUGAGCUUGCGAACAAAGCUAUCAAUGCAAUUCAAGCCAUAUCAAAAUCUGAUGAUUUUGAUCAGCUCCCUGACUGCAUCGUGGAGCAUGCCGAUAAGAUUUGGAAAAGCACAUCUCCUACAUUUCCACUACGCAAAUGGUACAUUCAUGCUCUUGUCUACGAUGCGUGGGACUUUGAAGCUUCCAUUGACAAGAAGAAGAAGGCUUUUAUGUUGGAUAUGGCAGAACUGGUCAUUCUGUGGGAACUUUUCAAAGAUCAUCGGGAUCUUUAUGUGAGUUUAUUUACUCCAGUUCAGAAGCAUUCAGCAGAUGAUCCUCCAGAAUGCCAAUUUGAGGAGGAUAAAUGGGAUGAUUGUUACUUUCACCGACAUUCUGAGGGAGAAGUGUGCCAUUUGACAACAUCGGAGGUUAAACAGAAUGAGGAUUCUGAAGACGAGAUCGAGAGUUGA